UCCUGCCGCCUCGUCCAUCCGGUCGCCACUCUCACCUCCUUCGAACCUGCCUUCCCCGAUUCGGUGUAUGAGUGAUUUAUAACCGCUAACCCCGUAAUGUCCAUGCCGGCCCGGAGGCGCCUUAUGCAGGACUUCAAAAGACUACAGGAGGAUCCUCCGGCUGGAGUAAGCGGAGCCCCGUCCGAGAAGAACAUUAUGGUUUGGAACGCGGUCAUCUUUGGGCCUGAGGGAACCCCUUUUGAAGAUGGAACUUUCAAGCUUACAAUAGAAUUUACAGAAGAAUAUCCAAACAAGCCACCUACUGUUAGAUUUGUGUCUAAAAUGUUUCAUGCAAAUGUCUAUGCAGAUGGUAGUAUAUGUCUGGAUAUUCUUCAGAAUCGUUGGAGUCCUACUUAUGAUGUAUCGUCCAUCUUAACAUCCAUACAGUCUUUACUGGAUGAGCCUAAUCCAAACAGUCCAGCAAACAGCCAGGCAGCACAGCUAUACCAAGAGAAUAAGCGGGAAUAUGAAAAAUGGGUUUCUGCAAUAGUAGAACAGAGUUGGCGUGAUUGUUGACCCUGGAUGAUGAUUUAUCGUAUGGCGCGAUAUUGUCUGGUAAUCCA